AUGAUGAUCACGGACAUGGCAGGGCUGCUGUUGCUGCUCCUGGUGCUGGCACUAGCGUGGUGGGGUUGGGGUGCGCGACCCGCUCAGAUGCGGGGCGCUCUACCUCCCGGGCCCAGACCUCUCCCGUUACUGGGGAACUUGCUGCAGCUGCAGUCCGGACGCCUGGACCGUGCGCUCAUGGAGCUGUCCCGCCGCUGGGGCUCGGCGUUCACGGUGCGACUGGGCCCGCGCCCGGCAGCGGUGCUGUGCGGCUACGCGGCGCUGCGGGACGCGUUAGUGCUGCAGGCGGAUGCGUUCUCUGGCCGCGGGGCCAUGGCAGUCUUCGAUCGCUUCACGCGCGGAAACGGCAUCGUGUUUUCCAAUGGGCCGCGCUGGCGAGCACUGCGCAAUUUUGCACUUGGAGCGCUGAAGCAGCUCGGGCUGGGCACGCGGACCAUCGAGGAGCACGUCCUGGAGGAGGCGACUUGUCUGCUUAGGGAAUUUCAAGCCACCGUUGGAACCCCGUUCGACCCCCGGCGGCUCCUGGGUAAUGCGGUAUCCAACGUUAUCUGUUCUGUGGUCUUCGGAAAACGCUAUGGCUACGGAGGGCCGGAGUUCCUGAGGCUCCUGGACCUCUUCGAUGACAACUUCCGCAUAAUGAGUUCCGGACGGGCGGAGAUGUACAACAUUUUCCCCUCCCUCCUGGACUGGCUCCCGGGCCCGCAUCACCGAAUCUUCCGAAAUUUUGCGGAGCUUCGGGUCUUCAUCUCUGAGCAAAUCCAGCGGCACCAGCAGACGCGGCAGCCUGGGGAGCCCCGCGACUUCAUCGAUUGCUUCCUCGACCAGAUGGAUACGGAACAGCAGGACCCAGAGAGCCAUUUCCAGGAGGAAACGUUGGUGAUGACGACGCACAACCUUUUUUUUGGCGUCAGUGAGACCACGAGCACCACUCUGCGCUAUGGGCUUCUCAUUCUGCUCAAGUACCCAGAGGCGGCAGCCAAGGUGCAGGCGGAGGUGGACGCCGUGGUAGGUCGGGCGCGCGCCCCCAGACUGGAGGACCGCGUGCGCCUGCCCUACAUCAUCGCCGUGCUACACGAGAUCCAGCGCUUCAUCAGCGUGCUGCCGCUGGGACUGCCGCACGCCCUCACCCGCGACGCCCACCUGCACGGCCACUUUCUGCCCAAGGGUACCUUCGUGAUUCCCCUGCUUGUGCCUGCGCACCGGGACCCCACCCAAUUCAAGGACCCGGACUGCUUCAACCCUACCAACUUCCUGGACGACAAGGGCGAGUUCCAGAGCAAUGACGCUUUCAUGCCCUUUGCCCCAGGAAAGCGGAUGUGCCUGGGCGCAGGCCUGGCCCGCUCGGAAAUCUUCCUCUUCUUUACGGCCAUCCUACAGAGGUUCUGCCUGCUCCCUGUGGGGAAUCCCGCCAACAUGGACCUCACCCCGCACUGCACUGGCCUGGGCCACGUCCCCCCAGCCUUCCGGCUUUGCCUAGUGGCCGGCUGA